AUGACCUUAACGCCAUACAAGGGGAUCGGAGACCCAAAAGUUCAUGUCACCAAGUUUGAAUCCAUGAUGUAUCUGAACAGUGAUUGCGACCCUAUUCUAUGCCGAUCUUUUCCUACUUUCCUAGAUGGAGCUGCUUUACUAUGGUUUUCUAAUUUGCCUGCAGGAUCCAUAACCAGCUUCGACGAAUUCACCAAGAUGUUUAUCAAUCAUUUUGCAGCAUCCAAAAUUUAUGUGAGAGACUUGGAUUAUCUCAGCACGAUCAAGCAAGGUUCGCAUGAAAGCUUCAAGGAUUACAUGACGCGGUUCACUACGGCGGCCAUGAAAAUCCCCGACUUAAACCCAGAAGUACAGUUGCAUGCUAUCAAAAGUGGCUUACGACCAGGAAAAUUCCAGGAAGCCAUAGCUGUGGCUAAGCCGAAGACGUUAGAAGAAUUCCGAGAUAAGGCCACAGGACAGAUCGAGAUAGAGGAAUUGCGAGAAACACGGAGGAGUGAAAAACUGUCAUCACGAAAAGAUGAUGACAAGCCGAGCAGUAAAAGCGGAAACGUAUCAAGAUCAAAAGUACGUAGACAAAGGAAAGCAUUCCACCAGAAGUUCGGUCACACCACGGACGAGUGUGUAGUAGCCAAAGACCUAUUGGAGAGACUGGCAAGACAAGGACUGCUAGACAAGUACAUCGGUUCAAGGAGCCAGAAGGAAACAGCUGACACGAGUAAAUCGAAGUGUAGCUCAGACCGAAGGGAUAAAGGAACAUGGCGGGACCCAGUAGAAACCCCCACCUCCAAAGGGGUCAUAAACUACAUAUCAGGAGGUUUCGCCAGAUGA